AUGGCAAAUAAAAUAUUAUCAAUAGCCGACCUUGAGGUGGCUGCUUCCAACUCACUAUCCAUCUCCGCGAGAGACUUCUUCAACUCCGGCGCAACAAACCAAGUCACACUUCACGACAAUUGUGCUGCGUAUAGAAAGUACCGCCUCUUACCAAGAGUUCUGAGAGACGUCUCACUUGUCAACACUGGAAUUUCCCUCUUUGACCGAGAUAUCACAUUUCCGCUCUGUGUCUCACCCACUGGAAUGCAGGUUAUGGCUCACCCAGAAGGUGAGCUAGCCACAAGCCGAGCCUGUGCCAAAAUGGGCGUCAACAUGGGUAUCUCGUCCUAUGCCAAUCACUCGGUUGAAGAAAUCACCGUCGCUGGAAAAGAACUGGGACCGGUUCACCAUGUGAUGCAACUCUACGCGAUGAACGACAAAGCUAAACAAGAACGAAUCGUCCGUCGGGCUGAAGCUGCGGGCUGCAAGGCGAUAUUUCUGACUGCGGAUAGCCCUGUACUUGGGGUGCGCUGGAAUGAAUGGCGGAACGGGUUCAUGCCUCCAGUUGGCUUGGGGUAUCCGAUGUAUGAAAGAACAUCUGCCGAGAUCCAGCAACAAUCUCACGACGAUGGGUUUAGCUCGACAAACUCGGAUUCCCAUUCCUGGGCCAUGGAGAUCCCAUGGCUGCGCAGAGUCACGAAGAUGGAGAUCUGGAUUAAAGGCGUUCUCACCCCGGAAGAUGUCGAGACCGCUAUUGAAUAUGGUUGUGAUGGUAUCAUCAUCAGCAACCAUGGUGGGCGACAGCUGGAUGAGACACCAGCCACAAUUGAUGCGCUUCCUGCCUGUGCCAAAGCUGCGCGGGGGCGGAUCAAGAUUCAUAUUGAUGGUGGAAUUCGAUCUGGGGUUGACAUUUUCAAAGCCUUAGCUCUUGGCGCUGAAUGUUGCUGGGUUGGUCGUCCUGCAAUUUGGGGACUCGCGCAUGAUGGGCAACAGGGAGUCGAGCUGAUGCUCAAAAUCCUGUUUGAUGACUUCAAGCGAUGUAUGCAGCUCACAGGCUUGACCAUAGCGAACGUGACACCAACUACAUACUCUUUGCACAGUAUGCAGUCCGAGAAGGGUUUACUUCUGGAUGUAAGCGAAGUCUAUGAUUCCGAGGACAAUGACUUUGUUUCCAGCCACACGCGUUACAAAAAACUACAAGGAACUCGCCCCUGCUGGGCGACAACUCUGAAGAAAGGGCUCUGCGUCUUUGUGAUCACCAUUCUUACUACCUACUUUCUAGGCUUCCCGCAUGGCUCUCUGUCUACCGAGAAGAACCCAUCCCCGCACCCCGAGGCUCCCCCGCUUUGCCAGUCGCAAGAAUGCAUUCAUGCUGCCUCAGAAAUCCUCUACAAUCUAGAUCCCAAUUAUGAGAACAUAGAUCCUUGCACUGAUUUUGACCGAUAUGUCUGCGGUGGAUGGAGGGAGCGCCAUGACAUGCGGCCCGACCAGGGAUCGAUAUUUGCAGGCACAAUCAUGCAUGAGAAUGCCCAAACCAAACUUCGUCAUAUACUAGAGCGCACAGAACCGCCACAGCCAUCGGAUGCCGACAAUUUCAAGAAACUCAAAGCUGCAUACGAUGCUUGCUUGGAUGAGGCUACAGUCAACAAACGGGGCAGCAAGCCUUUGACUGAUAUUCUGGACGAACUGAAGAGUAUCUAUCCUGCAAAGGCAGGUCUUGUGAAAGGAGCACAGGAUCAACUCACCAAUGCUCUGUUGUAUCUGGCGAACGCUGGUGUCGAGGCUCUGGCUUCUUCCGGUGUCACUCCCGAUGAUCGAGACCCCGAUAAUGUUGUUAUUAUGAUCUCGCCGCCUCGUGAAAUAGGACUUCCCGCAAGAGAGUACUAUAAUAACACAAAGACCGUGGCUGAUUAUACAGCCGUUUUGAAGCAAGUUGUUCAGCGAUUUGCUGGAGAUGGAUUUGACAAAACUGCCGAGGAUGUUGUAGCUUUCGAAAAGAAGCUCGCGGAUGUGACUCCGGAUACCCAAACCCAGGAAGAUGUCACCAAAUACUACAACCCCCUUAGUAUCAAGGAAACGGAGGCACUAGUACCUGAGAUCUCUUUUACUGAUAUUAUUUCAUCUUUGGCACCCCAUGACUACAAGGGCAAUCGCCUAAUUGUGGGGUCGCCUUCCUAUAUGAAGGCAUUGUCUGUUCUCUUGAAAGAUACACCCAGAGAGACCAUUCUGCUCUUCUUGCAGUGGAAGCUCAUACAAGCUUUUGCGGACGUUAUUGAGGAUGCCUCUAUUGAACCUCUUCGGCGAUUUGAGAAUGUUCUCGCCGGCAAAGAGCCUCAGGCCAAGGAGGAGAGAUGGCGUAAAUGCCUUGGGCGUCUGGAUGACGGGCUCGAAUGGAGUCUCAGCCGUUUCUAUGUGCUCGAUGCGUUCUCUGAGAACUCGAAAAAACUUGGCGACCAGAUCGUUUCCGAUAUCAAGGAGCGAUUUAUCUUUACCCUGGACCAGACGAGCUGGAUGUCUCCGGAUGUGCGAAAAUUGGGCAUUGAGAAGGUGGGAAACAUUAUCCAGAAGAUCGGAUUUCCCACAAAGAGUCCGAAUGUUUUAGACCCCGAGGACGUGAAUAAAUUCUACCGGGAUCUAGAAUUAUCCAAAGACACUUUCUUUGAGAAUGAGGUGGCCGUGGCGAGGUUCCAACUUCGCCGCGAAUGGUCUAAGCUCGGAAAGCCCACCAACCGUGACGAAUGGGGCAUGAGUGCACCGACUGUCAACGCUUACUACAACCCACCAGGUAAUGAGAUUGUCUUCCCUGCCGGCAUUAUGCAGCCGCCAGCGUUCUAUGGACCUUCCGCUCCAUUGUAUCUGGCAUAUGGUGCAUUCGGUGCCGUCAGUGGCCACGAACUUUCACAUGCUUUCGAUUCUACCGGUCGACACUACGACGAGAGUGGAAACUACACUAACUGGUGGGAUGACAAGACCGUUGAAGCCUUUGAAGAGCGUGCUCAAUGCUUUGUCGACCAGUAUUCUAAGUUCACGGUCAUUGGCCCCGAGGACAAGGUCCUCCAUGUCAACGGACGACUGACACUGGGCGAGAACAUCGCCGACGCUGGAGGCUUGACAGCAUCAUACCACGCAUGGAAGAAGCACGAUGAGGCAAAGCCUGAUCUUCACCUCCCGGGACUGGAUGCAUUUACCAAAGAGCAGCUUUUCUUUAUAUCGUAUGGCAAUUGGUGGUGCGGGAAGACUACGAAAGAGGCGGCUGAGCAGGCGAUCUAUAACGAUCCCCACGCGCCUAAGUCAGCGCGAAUUAUCGAAACCAUGGCCAAUUCUAGGGAGUUCAAGAAUGCCUUUAGUUGCCCAGAAAAGAAGCCGGCUUGCAAGCUCUGGUAG